GAGGAAAGGGGGGGAGGAAAAAAAAAAGCCAACAACUUAGCGGAAACUUCUCAGAGAAUGCUCCAAAACUCAGCAGUGAUUCUGGUGCUGGUCAUCAGUGCUGCUGCCACGCACGAGGCGGAACAGAAUGACUCUGUGAGCCCCAGAAAAUCCCGGGUGGCGGCUCAAAAUUCAGCUGAAGUGGUUCGCUGCCUCAACAGCGCCCUGCAGGUUGGCUGUGGGGCUUUUGCAUGCCUGGAAAACUCCACAUGUGACACAGACGGGAUGUACGACAUUUGUAAAUCCUUCUUGUACAGUGCUGCUAAAUUUGACACUCAGGGAAAAGCAUUUGUCAAAGAGAGCUUAAAAUGCAUCGCCAAUGGGAUCACCUCCAAGGUUUUCCUUGCCAUUCGGAGGUGUUCUACCUUCCAGAGGAUGAUCGCGGAGGUGCAGGAGGAGUGUUACAGCAAGCUGAAUGUCUGCAGCAUCGCCAAGCGCAACCCGGAAGCCAUCACUGAAGUCAUACAGCUGCCCAAUCACUUCUCCAACAGAUACUACAACAGACUUGUCCGAAGCCUUCUGGAAUGUGAUGAAGACACAGUCCGCACAAUCAGAGACAGCCUAAUGGAGAAAAUUGGGCCCAACAUGGCCAGCCUCUUCCACAUCCUGCAGACGGACCACUGUGCCCAGACACACCCCAGAGCUGACUUCAACAGGAGGCGCACAAAUGAGCCACAGAAGCUGAAAGUCCUCCUCAGGAACCUCCGAGGUGAGGGGGACUCUCCCUCCCACACCAAACGUACCUCCCAUGAGAGUGCGUAACCAGGGAGAGGUAUUCGCAGCCUCAACAAACUCAUAGCAUUUUAGGGGUGUUGACACACCAACUUUGAGUGUACUGUGCCUGGUUUGAUUUUUUUUUUAAGUAAGCCCUAUUUUCUAUCCCCCCCUUGAAGAAAAUUGCAUGAAACUAGGCUUCCGUAAUCAAUAUCCCAACAUUCUGCAACGACAGCAUUCUUACAACAGAAUACAUGUGAUCAUUCAUCCUCUCCUUGAGAGAAUGUAGCCUCUUUCAUCCCCUCUCUCUAUGAAUUCUUUUCCCAGAUCCCUAUCAAUGCUUCUCAAACACAAAACGUUCAUGUAACUGCCCAGUCAUUGUAAUCUGAAGAUGUAGAGCCCUUUAGAAUGGUCACCCAGUAGAGUUAGCUGAUACAAAACAACUUUAUUUAAAUGCAUGUCUUAAAUGCUCAUAAAUAUGUUCAAUGGAAUUCGUGUUAUGAAUCUGUGCUGGCCAUGGACGAAUAUGAAUGUCAUGUUUGAAUUCUUGAUCUCUAACGACUCUUAUGGUCUCUAUCCUCCAAUGUCUAAUUUCCUUUCUGACAUAUUGACCAAAUUGCUCAAGCCUGGAUCUCCAGCCAGACUUUGAGCCAGCAUCUUCUUGCAUCUAAUGAAAAACAAAAAGCUAACAUCUUUAUGUACUGUAACUGCUCAGAGCUUUAAAAGUAUCUUUAACAAUUGUCUUAAAAACAGAGAAUCUUAAGGUCUAACUGUGGAAUAUAAAUAGCUGAAAACUAUUGUACUGUACAUAAAUUCCAGAGGACUCUGCUUAACAAAGCAGUCUAUAAUAACUUUAUUGCAUAUAGAUUUAGUUUUGUACCUUAGCUUUAUUUUCCUUUUCCUGGGAAUGAAAUAACUAUCUCACUUCCAGAUAUCCGCGUUCAUGCUCCUUGUGGCCUUUUUUAUAACUAAGGGGGUAGAAGUAGUUUUAACUCAACAUCAGAACUUAAGAUGGGCCUAUACGAGACAGGAAAACCCAACAGGUUAUCUGAAGGACCCCAGGGAAAAUGUUCAUCUCCUAGCCCACCUCAACCCAGAGGCUACAUUUGACUUAGGUGUAUCCUGAAACAACUCUGUCACAUCCAACUGGGAAUUACAGGAAUCAAAAAGAUCAUCGCUUUGGGCUUGGACACCGAGUGUGACAAGGCCUAACAUCCCCUUGGAAGUGGCAGUUCUUAGCUCAUCACCUUCCAUCAGUGCCUGGCACUCAGGUAAAUGAUGGUGUUGGAGAUUCUUCCACUAAGCCAAUCAGGAAUGAGUCAAUCAGCCUUUGGGUCUUUAGUCUGGGGAACUUGGGCUU